AUGAAGCGCGUUAAACCCUUUCUCAAAUGUCUGGAGAUUUAUGCCAAGUCUAUUGAUGUCUUGUGCAAUGGAACUCCUUUCCUGCCGUGGAUCUGGAUAAGUCUCUCGAGCCAGUUCAUAUCGAGCUUUGACAAGUUGAUGGAUGCGUACGUCAAAAUCGCCGAUGCCUUACCGCGUUUCGACCGCUACAGCAAGUCAAUUCCGCAAAUGGAUUUUCAUAGUAUCCUGGCACUGGUCUACGCCGAUAUUCUCGAGUUUCAUCGAAGACCGUACAAGGGUUUCUUUUUUUCCUUUUUUUUUUUUUUAGGAGACGCGAGCUUUGAGCUACGGCUUGAAAAUAUCUUGAAAAAUCCCGCGUACGACCGGGUCCUAGUGAGCAAGGAAGCGACCGCUUUCAACAUUGUCAAAGCUACGUCUUAUCGAAGGAAAGUCGAGGAGCAGAUUGCGAAGGCCGAACAAGAGCGGGAGAGUUACAGGCCGUUCUUGCUUGGCUUUGUGUGGAAGACAUCCAUCAGGAGAACAACCUGUAGCGGCUGGGCGAGAAACACCUUGAUGGCACUUGUGACUGGAUCUUCAACAUUCCCCAAUACCAAGCUUGGCUCAAAAACGUGGAUAGGAGUCCACUACUGUGGCUUACUGGGAUCCCCGGCUCAGGGGGACAUAUCGGACAAACCCAGCAUCUUCCUGCGAACGCUGGUUAUGCAAAUUACGAGAAUCUACCCCGAAGUUGUCGCACUCAUCUGGGAUACCUACGUUCAGAAUGCCCAACUUGCUUCGAACGACAAUCUGCAAAAGCUGCUUCCAGAUUUGAUUUCUGGGGCUCCACUGGUCGGAAUCGUUCUUAACGGCAUCGACGAAUACGAAGUCAAGGACUGUAAAUUAAUCCUCGACGUGCUGUUCAAACUUCAGAAGAAAUCUCCUGUCGCCAUACCCAUUUCAAGCCGAGACGAAGGGUUGAUUUCACCCAAAAUGCGUAAAAAGCCCAGAAUCUUGUUUAAUGACGAACAGCACACUGUACAAAAGGACAUGAGUAUUUUUGUGGCAAGCAGACUCGAUCAGGCCAUCGAGGAUUACGACUUGAACUUGUCCGACGAAAUAAAGGCGGCAGUCGAGGUGAAUUGUAUGUUCCUUUGGGUUGAUCUUGUCAUGGAUUGCCUCCAGUAUGCAGUGUCUGAAGACGACUUUUUGAGGAAAAUUAGGGAGCUCCCAGAGGGACUGCAAGCUGCAUAUGAUAGGAUUGUUGAGAAGAUCAUGGUCAUAGAAGACCGCCUCACACGCGAAAGAAUGUCCCGUCUCCUAGAGUGGCUGGCAUAUUCGCAAAUCACCCUCUCGGGGGACGAGCUCCUUUCUGCUCUAGCUAAAGAGCCAUCCAGUUUCGACGUCCGCCUAUCUAGACCACCAAAUGAGAAGCUUUUAGAGUUCUGUAAUCCGCUCAUUGAUCUUUCAAGAUCGGACUCUGUUGAUUUCGUGCACUUCUCGGCCAAAGAGUAA